UAUCAAAGUACUCUUGACUAGCCAAUUCGCUAUUCGUCAACGUAAAAACGACACCGUUGUUCACUUCAGUCCUCCUUUCACCUUCCUCCCACUUCUCUUCCAUUACUAAAACCCUAACACAAGUCUCUGCAAUUGCUGGAAAUGGCAUCUCUAGUUUCAAAAACCUCAGUAACAAGGGGACUCAUUUCUCGGAUCCGUGCCCCAUCAAUAGCUCCCUCUCUAUGCACCGCUACUGAAACCCGAACCCAGAAGCUGGAGCGGAUCGCCGACCAACUUCUUGACCUGAAUAAGCUCGAAAAACAUGACUACGCCAUUCUCUUCCGGCACAAAAUGGGUCUUAAUCGAUAUGGUCCUGCUGUUUCGGGCUUAGGCUCUUCUGGGCCUUCCUCUGGGCCAGCGGCUGCUGAAGCGAAGCCUGAAGAAAAAACCAUCUUUGAUGUAAAGCUCGAAAAGUUUGAUGCAGCGGCUAAGAUUAAGGUGAUUAAGGAAAUUAGGGCUUUUACUGAUUUGGGCUUAAAGGAAGCUAAGGAGUUAGUGGAAAAAGCGCCAGCUGUGGUGAAAAAAGGAGUAACCAAAGAUGAAGCUAAUGCGAUUAUUGAAAAGCUCAAGGCAAUUGGUGCUACAGCGGUAUUAGAAUGAAAAUUUUCAAUUUUGCCUUCAUUUGCUAUAUUUUACAUUGUUAUUUUAAUGGGAAUGGAAAUGGAAAUUGUGAUCCAUUUUUUGAUGAAUUUUGGUUGCAUAAUUGCUAGGGAUUUUACUAACAGUAAUUUGCUGAUACUCGUUUUUAUGUGUCCCUUUUGCUGUUUAUAGUUCCUGGCUUACUACUUCAAUAAACUCGUGUUAGCUCA